GGAGUCGAUGCAUUGAUGACAGAACAGCAGAAAACUUAGUUCGUUACGAACCGUCUCCACGUGUAGACAGGAAGUGCUCACAUAACUCGGAUACAAAAAAAGGAUAACGACGACGACACGUUCCAAACACAAAACAUUCUCAUUUUGGUUGUUUUUUAAUUUUAAUUUUCUGUUAUUAGAAUUUUUUGAUAUCCUUACAAAAAUUUAAUUUCGCGUUUUGAAUGUGAUUUUUGUUGUUUUUUUGGUUUUGCUUUGCUUCGGAAUCAAAAUUGCAGAAAAAUAAAGUUAAAAAAAAAAAACAAAACAAAAGAAAAUAAUAAAUAAAAAUACGAGUACCAUCAAUUUUUUGAAAGUUCUUUUGUAAGAAGAAAGAAAGUGAAAGUGCAGACAAACGUGCUGAAGAAGUCCUUUUUGGUUGUUUUUCUGUUAUCGCAUAAUAUCCUUGUAUCCUAUUCUCGAGUGUGCCAUGCGAUGGUAAAAUGGGUAAAUUAGCUGUGGGGAUACUGCAACUACAGUAAUUUGUAGCCCAAAUCUUCCUCUUCCUUCUUUUCAACAUCAUCAUCACUAGCUUCUCGUCCUUAUCUUCCUUCUUAUCUCUGUGUUAUCGUCCUUAAGUUUCGUUUUUUUUUCUCUCAACGUCGUCGUCAACUCGUCAUCGUCCUCGGCUCAUCGUGUGUCGGACGGCAGCGCUAGCGGCGAAAUAAAGAAAGAAAAAAAUAUAUAAAUCAAUUAAGGACUCUUGUGUGUGAUUUUUUUUGUUUAAAUAUAUACAUACAUACAUAUAUAGUCGUGUAUAACGGUACCUAUAAAAUAUAUAUUGUUAGAAAAAAAAAGAAAUCCUUAAAUUGCGACAUCAAGAAGGAACAGAGUGUACUUGAAUAAUUAAAUGAAAAUAUUUUGUCUGCAUUAUCCUGCCGAUCCUGCUGUCGGAUAAGGAAUUCUUGUUCUUCCGCUUUAAUGUUCGUCCUGUCAAUCGAAAAAUACGUGAAUUCAGCGUAUUUUUUGUGUUUUUGUAUUUCUCUUUGUUUCUCCGUUUAAUAUUUCGUGGGGUAGUGGGUGGGUGGUUGGGUAUUUGUGUGUUGUGUUGGAGAGUCUAUCGGAAGGAUGUUCUGCAACAAGGACUCUUCGUUAAUUUACCAUCAGCUUCAUCAUCAUCGUCAAAAUGAUGUCAAUGUGACUGAAUGUAAACAAAAGGAAACACAAAUUAUUUGUAAAUAAAUUUAAUUUGUUUCUUAACAAAUAUUUAAAAAAAAUUAAAGUGCGUGUUUCUUUUUAUACUGAAAAUAAAUUUAAACAAGAAUUAAAAAGUACGUCAACUCGUGAAUGAACAUUGAUUUUUGGAAAUCACAAAAAUAAAAAAAUAAUUACAAAAUUCUUAAGUUCUUGUUGAGUGGAUUUUUUUUGUGUUUUAUAAAUUAUAUAAUAAGGAAUACAAAAUUGAUUGAAUUCAGUGUUAAAUGUUUAAAAUAUUAAAAUAACCAAAAGUAAAUAGAAAAAUUAAGUACCUUUUGAAAAUUUGAGAUUUAAAAUCAAAACGAUACGAUUUAAUCAAAUGAUUUUAAAUUCAUUAAUUUUGGAUAACAAAAAUGGUUUUUUGAAUACAUUUACAGAUAAAGGAACCACCAAAAUCAACUAAAACAACAACAAGAAUCCACAAAUUUUUAUUAAAACGAAACACAAAAAUCAAAACUUAUUUUUAACUGUAGAAAAAUAAAACUUACAAAAUCGAAAAUAAAAAAAAAAAAAAAACCAACAAAGUUUAAUCAAAAAGUAAACUCUCUUUGGGGGGGAAAACAUUAAACGCUUCUUAAUUUAGAUACUUAAACUUUAAUGAAUAGUUUUUAAAACCAAAACCAAAAACAAAAUAAAAUAAAAAAUAAAAAUCGAAAUCGAAAUCGAAAUCGAAAAGAAUCAAAAUUAAUUAUAAAUGCUCACAUAGCCUAUUAUGGACGAAACUUCUCGAAUAACUGGCCAUCAACAAGUAGUAUCAGCAUCAAGUCAGAAAACAUUUCCCAAUCAAAAAAACACCCAAUCAUCAUCAUUUGCAUCAACAUCGACUUCAACGUCAGUUAUUGAAGGAAAAUCAAAACCCAGCAUCAGUAGUAGUAGAAGUAGUAGGAGUAGUAACAGCCCAACGGCAACACUGAAAAAACAUCGCAAACUAGUUCGUUCACCAGAGGUCUCUGUCUGUGAUAUACCAGCAUCGGUUGUUGCGACAAUUGCUGCAACCGUAACCGACGUAAUGGGCGGCGGUUUUACCACACCACCAACGACGUUACAAUUUUUUGAUAAUAAACCGCCCACAGAACCGAAGAGAACCUUAUACAAUUCAUUUGAGGAGAAACAUCGAAAAUCGGAUCAAACAUCGAAUCUUUCGCCGAUAGUCUUAGACGCCGCCCCUGCCAGCAGUAGCAGUGGUAUUGGUGGCGGAGGAGGUGGUGCUUGUGGAGAAAUUAGUGGAGGCGGCUUAAGUAGCAGCAGCAGCAUCAGUCCAACAUUGUACACAAGUUCCCUGCCGGGACUUGGGAGUUUGGGCCCGCUUUUGCUUGAGAGCCCCGACGACCCGCCAGAUUUUGAAUACCACACUUUCAGUGCGGACAGUGGAAAUAGUCAGGAAGGUAGCGGAGACAUAGUUUCCGAUCCGACGAGGUCCUGUUUUAGCUUCAAGGACACCGCUUUGCUAUCGAUGGGCGGUGAGCUAAGUACCGGAACUGGCAAUCGAAAUCCGUCACAAGAGGGUGAUAAGUUAAACCGCUUGCAGAGCUUCCUUUUUAAGACCUCAUCAUCGGAUGAUGGCAAGACUGCACCAGAGAAAUGCUCGACGAGCACGAACUACCACCAUGCAGCGGCGACGCGGACACGGACGCAAACAUCUACAUCAACCGAAAAGGAGCCGUCAGAACUUGACUACUACCAGUACACCCUCACCUCUCCAAAUAAUCCCUUCCUGCCGGAGAUCAUAGCACGAGCAUAUCGUUCAGAGAGUGCCGAUAGUGAGGCGGGAACAGCUGCCUGUGGCAAUGGCGAGCUCCAUGACAGAGGGAAGCUUUCGCCGACGCAGUCCUUGUUUGCCUUCAGCCGCAGUAGCAGUGCCGAGAAAUCUGAUAGCGAGAGGGAUCAUUCGGAUGUUAUUUCCGGUCUAGGAUUUGAAGGUGGAGGAGGGGGAGGAACAGGAGCAGGAGUUGGCACCGGUGGAGGAGCACAGUUAUAUGACAGAAAAUCUUCAAGUGCCUUCGAACCCACUAGUCCGGGAAAACACAAAAGGAAACUUUUCUCGUUGAAUUCACCAACACGAGAACCAAAACACCAUCACCCAAAGGAACACCACCACAAGGAUAAGAUUUCACCUCAAUCUUCGAUUGGCAGCAGUGUGGUAAGGAGCUUGAAUCCUUUUCUGUCGUCGACGACAGCAACAACAACGACGUUAAGUAGCAAACAGGAAAUGGCACCCAGCGACUUGAAUGCCAAGCGGGAGGAAUUUUUGCGGGCGACUAUGAAAAUUUGCUUAGUGGUAUCACCUCCGACGAGCAAGUUACAGUUGAAGUCGAAAAGCCUUACUCAUUUGGAUGGUUUGGACUCAAUGAUAGCAUGUCCGCAUGGCUCAGCAGUUGGACAUGGACAGCAGCAAAAAUCCCGCGUUUCUGAGCAAUUGGAAUCAGCAUUGCCUCAACCACAAACGCCAUCGAAGCCUGCUGUAGCUGCUGCCUACAGCCACCCGCCAAUAGGCGCUGUUGCCGCUUUGCACCACCAGCAUCAACACCACGCACAUCAAACGCCAAUCUCACCCUCCUCACAGCAUCAUCAUUACCCAUCUUCCUCAUCAUCGGCAUCGGCAUCAGGGACACAGGUGUAUCAUCAUCCGUCGAUAGCUUCGUCGACAACUUCCACAACAUGCAACAAAAUGUGUUGCCUUGGCGGUGGUGGAGGUGGUGCCACAACCAUCACCAGCUCGAGUGCAUUAAGCCCUGUCGCAAGUGGCGUGACCGGUGCAAUCGGAUGCAUUUCUCCUGGAAGCAACAUUGCAAUUUCUUCCAGUGGGGUCCUGACGAACUCUAGUGCCGUCAUGACAUCCCAAGGAGCCGGAGCUGGAUCUGCCACAGUAGCAGCAACAGCAGUAGCCGGAGCACCACCAACAACAACGGUACACAAAAAGAAAUCAUCGUUCAUGCAACGAAAAAAACCUCUCCUCACAAGGAGUGAGAUAUCAAGUUCGGAAUUCUUUUCGGUGAGUUUUUGUUUGGAAAAUGGAUGUCAAGAAGAAGAAUUUAUACCAGCAAUUAAGGGUGUGACGCUAUCGGAAGCUUUAAACAGUUCGCUAAGACGGAGGAAUCUUAGUUUUUCACAAAUUAUUAUAACAGACAAUAAUUUGCCUAGUUUUUUGGAAUCAGGAUCCCCGCCUUAUACAAGUUCUUUUGAAGAAAACACCGAUGUUGAGAAUUUAGUUGGCCGACAUUUGGUCAUCACUGAACGGGAUGGCAAGAAAACUCUUCAAAAAGCUGCUUCAUUUGGUUCCCGUACCCGCCCACCAAGAUUACUGUCAUCGGCUUCAACUGAAGAAACCACCGAAUCGGAACAACGAAGUAUACCUGGCAAGCAAUUGAAACAACGUUGGUCCGGUUUGUUCGGCAUCAAAAAUCCCCAUCAAAGUCAACUUUGUGAAUUACUAAAUAGUUAUGCCAAAAAUGGCGUACCACAAAAAACAGCUUCGUUGAGUUUCGAUCAUCAAGAUUUCGAUGCAGCACAAGACUAUUUAGAUAAUAUGCACUCAUCUUGGAAGGAUUUUGUUCACUGUGAUAAUAUGUCGGAUGUACAGAUAAAAAUACAAACGGCCAUUUGGGAAUUAGUUACAACGGAAGUUUAUUAUAUUCAUGCGUUGCAAACUGUCACUGAUCUUUUUCUUGCCUGUCUUGAGGCAAUACAAGAAGAUAAAUUACUUACCGAUGUUGACCAACACAAAUUAUUCUCCAACGUACGUGACAUUUGUGAGGCUAAUUUGAAAUUUUGGACAUUAUAUUUGUAUCCAAUGGUGGCAAAUAGUAUUAACACUCAUGCACCACUUUGCAUAGAUUAUUUUCGUCAAGGUUUCGUCACUUUUGCAACGAUAUUUGCACCAUACAAAAAGUAUUGUGCCGAACAAAGCACUUGUCAGUUUUAUUGUAAGGAACUGAAUCGGAAUAAUGCACUUUUUACGGCUUAUCUGGCGUGGUGUGAAUCACAAAAGAUGUGCAAUCGUUUGCGAUUGGCUGACAUAUUGGUGCGGCCUAUGCAAAGACUGACUAAAUAUAAUUUGUUACUAACUGCGAUACGAAGGCAUGUUUUAGAUGAAGAUGAUGCUGAUGCAAUAGAUGAAAUGAUUCAUUCAGUGGAAAAUUUCGUGUGUAGUGUGAAUAACCAUUUGACAACGAGGCAGGAAAAUGAGCGUCUUAAAGGUGUUAUGGCACGAAUAGAAUCAUAUGAUGUUGUGGACACCAACAAUGAGCACUUAGAAAAGCUUAUCAAGCAACACAGUGUCAUGUUUGACUUAUGUGCUCCCAUGAAAGGUUGUCCCGCUCACCAAGUGCGUCAUCUUUUCAUGGAAGGCGAUCAUAAAUAUAAAGACAAUUUGGGUAAAGCCGAUGUCCAUUGCUUUCUACUAACUGACAUUCUACUGGUUUGCAAGACUAUAGCGAAAAAAGGUCUUGGCGCUUUAAAAGUCAUCCGACAACCCUACCUUACCGACCGACUAGUUGUCCAACACAAUAACAACACUCUGAAUUGUGUCUAUCUAAAUGAGUUCCAGGUUGCGACCUCGGCGUUUACACUUCAGUGUUCGGAGGCGAAGAAUUGGUACGAAUCAAUGAAACGGGCAAAACAUAUCUACGCAAGACUGAAACAAGGCAGUGCUAAUAAUUUGGACAGUUUUCGUUAUGGGGGCAGUGGUGCUAGUGGUGGAACUGCGGAUUCCCUUGGGGUUAAGAAAAGCCCCAUCAACAGUUCGAUUUGCAGUCACGUAUCAAGUGCGAACAAUAGUCACAGUGGAUCGGUCGAGUGGAAUGAUUCGAGGAAUAUUUCUGUUGAGUUCGAAAAGACAAAUUCACUUUCAAGUGACGAAGGUACAAAUCAAGGAUUUGGUGCAAAAACCAAACUUUUAGCUACUAGUCCACAUAAGCAGAAAAUAAUAACUUCGUCCAAUACUUUGUCAGUGCAACCGAUCAACCAUCUUGGGCAGAGUUUGCCAAACUUAAAUUUACACCAUAGUCAAUCUAACCUUUACCAUACUUAUAGUAACAAUACGUUGCUUGUACCUGGACCAACAAGUAGUCAUUCGGGCAAUUUAUUAUCGCCUAGUCAUCGUGGUAUAUCAUAUCCACCACCAAGUCCAACGAGAGCUACUUUACGUCGAGGUAUGGCAUUUUCGGCGUCGAUCAAAAACCCACCACUAGUCAAAUCGCGUAAUAUAACCUCACAAAAUAGCAUCAACUGGCAUCAAAUACCAGCCACACCAACGCCAACCAGUCCGCAAUCACAGUCCCAGUCACAGCUUAACCAAACGUCAUCAUCAUCGACAUCAGCGAUUGCAGCGCCACCUUCAACACCACUGACAGAUCAAACGCCAUUGACACCAACAUCUGGCAGUGCUGCCCAAUUGACAAAUCAUACCGGAAGUGAUGUUAGUUCAUUGCAUAUCAGUAGUACGGAAACUGACGUUUGAUUUAGUCGAUCGUUACCAAAUAUUGUUGUUUGUUCGUAGUCUUCUAUAAUUUAUUAUUUAAAUCUUUAAAAAAAAAAACUAUCGUCGUUCUCUUUUUAAUAAUAAUUUGUCUUCUACAUAAUAUUAUAAAAAUAUUUAUAACUAUUACAUUAUAUACUUCUUUUUCUUCAGGAAAAUUAAAAAUAAAACAAAAAUAAAAAUGAUAAACGAAAGCAUUGUGGUACUUAGCUUUUUUAACAAAAAUUGUAUUUUUUAAAACAUUGACCAUCACAAAUAUGACGUGAUGAAAAGAUAAGAAAAUUAUUUAUGAAUAUAAUUAUAGUAAAUAUAAGUAUUAGGCAAGGAAACUGAAAAAAAAAAAACUUUUAAAUGUACUUAUUUAUGAAUUUAGUAAAUGCAAAAACAAAAAUACAAAAUCUUUCAAAAUAAACUUUUAAAAAAAGUGAAUAAGUUAUGGUAUUGAAAAUAGGAAAAUGAUUAAGUUUUUAGAUGUUAAACAUAAUUGACAUGUACCUAGUUAAGGAACAUUUGAAUAAUGGUUCAAACAUAUUACAAUUUUAAAGGAAUGUCUUGUACACUUUAAAUCUUAAAAAAAAAAAUAUAUGAAAGAUCAGUGUCAUUCUGAAUGUUAUCCGUAAUCUAGUUUGACAGGAAGGCUUUUUGGAUAGAUUUAUUAUAAUACUCUCUUAACUCGUAGGUACUAUAGAUCUUCCUUGUUCAUUCCUUAUGCUUUAUUUAUUUGUUGGACACUAACUUAAUUUACUAUAAUAUCAUAACAAAAAUAAUUCUGCGCUUCCAAAUCUGGAAAAAGGAGAUUUCUACCCUAUUAUUGGUCAGCUGUCAAAACAAAACUUCGAUUUAGUUCUUCUUCGUUAAGUUGUCAUUUUUCAAACAUUCGGUUUUUAAGGUAUAUAUGUAUAUCCUGCUCUACCUUUUUUCAUAAUUAAAGAUGUAGAUAAAUGCAAGCCCUCCAUUAAGUUAGGGCAAGUUUCGAACCCAUGAUUGUUCAACUAUCAAACAAAACUUCGCACUACUUUUUCUUUAUUGGGUCAAUCUUUAACACAUUCGGUUAUUUAAGAUACAUCUAUCCCUGCAGAUAUGUAUUUAUAUGAAAGUUAAGGCAAGUUUCUUGUCCAUAAUUGGGCAGCUGUCAAAAAAAGGCUUCACUUUUGACUCACUAAAUGACAUUUUUGGUUUCAUUGUUUGUUUGACAGAUUAUCAUUUAAUGAGGUUUAGACAACCAAUAAAAAAAAAAACAUUAAUACUCUUGACAGCUUAGAUUCACUAACGAAUGGAAAAAAGUAAAGAUAGCAACAAUACAGUUUCUGUUUCACACAUCUCAUAAGUUGGUUUUAGUGUUUGCGAAGUUUUAUGGCUAAAUUACAAAUACGCUUCUACUUCGGCUUCACCUGACGUUAACGAGUUCAGCUUCGACCUUACGUUUCGUUUGCCAAUCGUACAAAAAAGAACGUAAUGUAACGUAAUGUGACUCCAAACGGAAGCUCUAGUUCAAUUAUCUGAAUAUUUGCUUUGUCUGACAGCUCAACAGCUGUAAAAAAAUGUCAACAAACAAAAUAUUUGCUUUUUGGAGGGACGAAAUAAUAAAAAUGUCAUUCAAAAAUACUUCGAAGCAGGCUCACCCUAACGCAGAAGAAGCCGAAGCUGAAGUGUGUUUGUGAUUCAGCCAUUAAUGACAUAUUUUUGAUACUUACCGCAUCAUCAAAAAGAAUUUCUUAAAAUUCCAAGUUUGAUAUCAAUGACAUAUGAAAAAUGACCUUGUUAGUUUAAUUUAAUGUGUAGCGUUCCAAGGAUGCAGUUAACUGGAAUCUGAAGUCCUUUAUGCCUCAUAAGCAUACAAAAUCAUAAAACUUUGAAUACGAUUUUCAAAUUCCUUCAAAUUCAAUCAGAAGCUCUGACAGAUAGCAACAUAUACCAGAAAUUCUUGGAUAGCUUUGACUUCCUGCUGCAGCUGUUUUGGAUCAGCUUUUCUUUUAAACGCAAAGAGCGAUUGAGAUUGAACGCAACCAAUUUGUAUUGUUUUUAAAACAACAAUUGUCAUUUUGACAGUUAAAGCUGAUUGAAAUAGCCAAAAGAACGGGUACACUUUGCAAGAAGAAGAUUGAACUAAUCAAAAAGUGAACGAAAAAUUGCUUUGAAAUUUAUUUAUCGGGGUUACAAUUUAUCGUUGGAGUUAAGAGUUCACAAGAGCUCUAUUUAGUAUUUCAAAACCUGACAUUUUAACACGCCCAACAUCUAAAAAAGCCAUCAAGCAUUAUGAAUAAAACUAAAAUACGCAUAAAUUUUAAACCAUAAACGUCUUUCAAAACUCAAACCAAAACUCCAUCUCAUCUAACUCAGCCUUAUUCAUUUACAAACCUAUACUUAAUCUUUUUAUUAGAAAAA